AUGGCGUGCAGCAACCUUCAAUCCUCCUUCCACCGCCUGGUCCGCGAAGCCAACCGCUCAGGGCCACGCGAGAUCCCCUCGUUCCUCGUCCCAGCGCUGUCACGACCGUUCAGAGCACGGCAAGCGUCGACACUCGCUGAACCUCAAGUCCCGAGCUACCAGUCGCGCAUCGGGAGAGCGCCCAUCUCCAUCCCCCCCGAAGUGUCGUUGCGGUUUUACGAGCUGCCCAAGGGCAAUGUGCGGAGUCGGCAUCCCGACACGCCGAACAUGGCGCUGGAAGUCACCGGUCCUCUAGGACAAAUGACGGUGCCUUUACCGCCCUAUUUACAAGCCGACCUCGACGAGGCGGCGAAGAAGAUCAACAUCAACGUCAAAGACGCGGCGGAGAAGCAUCAGAGAGCCAUGUGGGGAACCAUGCGCGCCCUCGUCCAGAACUCCGUCUCCGGCGUCUCGGAAGGCCACCUAUGCAUCCUGCGCCUGGUGGGCGUCGGGUACCGCGCCACGAUCGAAGACACGGCGCAGACCAAGACUGCACAGUACCCCGGGCAGAAGUUUGUGAACUUGAAGCUCGGAUACGCGCACCCGGUCGAGAUGGGCGUGCCACGGGGUGUCAAGGCCUCGACUCCGCAGCCCACUCGUAUCCUGCUCGAGGGCUGCGACAAGCAGGUCAUCAAGCAGUUCGCGGCCGAGAUCCGGGCCUGGCGGAAGCCCGAGCCGUACAAGGGCAAGGGUAUCUUUGUCAAUGACGAGACGAUCCGCUUGAAGGCCAAGAAGAUUAAGUAA